CCCCCCCCCCUCUAAUUAAAUCCAGGGUUUAGCUAAAUAUGUUGAGUGGAGUGCAAACAUGAUGGAAGAAGAUGCUAAGCGACGGCUGAAGGCUGCAGAGCUACAGGCGAAGAAAACCCGGCUAAGAUUAUGGGCUAACUAUGUACCUCCACCAACGAAUUCAAAGGCAAUUCAUGAUCAGAAUUUCAUGGGGAAGGUGGUAGAAGUUGUAAGCGGUGACUGCAUUAUUGUGGCUGAUGACUCGGUUCCAUAUGGUAGUCCAUUGGCAGAGAGACGUGUCAACCUAUCAAGUAUUAGGUGUCCAAAAAUGGGCAAUCCCCGUAGGGAUGAGAAGCCUGCUCCUUAUGCCCGUGAAGCAAAAGAGUUCUUAAGAACACGCCUCAUUGGUCGACAAGUUAAAGUCCAAAUGGAGUAUUCUAGGAAGGUCAGCAUGGUGGAGGGACCUGCAACUGCUCCAGAUUCUAGAGUGAUGGAUUUUGGAUCUGUCUUUCUGUUGUCUUCUACUAAGGCUGAGGAUGAGGACACUUCUGCUCAAGACAGUAGUGGCCAACAAGCUGGGGUGAAUGUGGCUGAGCUAGUGGUAUCACGUGGUUUUGGCACUGUGAUUAGGCAUCGUGAUUUUGAGGAGAGAUCGAACUAUUAUGAUGCACUUCUUGCGGCUGAAUCGCGUUCUAUUGCUGGAAAGAAAGGGAUUCAUUCUGCCAAGGAUCCUCCUGUCAUGCAUGUGACAGACCUUCUGACAGCACCAGCCAAAAAAUCCCGAGACUUUUUACCAUUCCUACACCGGAGUAGGAGGAUUCCAGCUGUUGUUGAAUAUGUUCUCAGUGGUCACCGUUUCAAAUUGUUGAUUCCAAAGGAGACGUGUAGCAUUGCUUUCGCUUUCUCAGGUGUGAGAUGUCCUGGUCGUGAUGAACCAUAUUCAGAUGAAGCAAUUGCCAUAAUGCGGCGGAAGAUAAUGCAGAGAGAUGUGGAGAUUGAAGUGGAAACUGUUGAUAGAACGGGAACCUUUUUGGGGUCCCUAUGGGAAGCGAGGACCAAUAUGGCAGUGGUUCUAGUUGAGGCUGGCUUGGCAAAGAUUCAAACUUCCUUUACCAGUGAUAGAAUGCCUGAUGCUCACCUUCUUGAACAAGCAGAACGAUCUGCUAAGCGUCAGAAGCUCAAGAUCUGGGAGAACUAUGUUGAAGGGGAGGAAGUGCCCAAUGGUGCAGCUGUUGAAAGCAAACAGAAAGAAGUGCUUAAGGUAAUUGUCACUGAGGUGUUGGGUGGUGGCAAAUUUUAUGUCCAGACAAUUGGGGACCAAAAGGUCACUUCUCUGCAGAAACAGCUUGCGGCUUUGAAUCUUCAAGAAGUCCCUUUAAUUGGUGCUUUUAGUCCUAAGAAAGGUGAUAUCGUCCUUGCUCAAUUUAGUGCAGACAACUCGUGGAACAGGGCAAUGAUUAUCAAUACACCUCGAGGGGCUGCUGAAUCCCUGAAAGAUAUGUUCGAAGUGUUCUAUAUAGAUUUUGGAAAUCAAGAGGCUGUACCUUAUGGUCGACUACGUCCCGUUGAUCCUUCUAUGUCUUCUGCCCCUGGUCUCGCUCAGCUGUGUAGUCUUGCUCACAUCAAGGUUCCUAGUCUGGAUGAGGAUUUUGGUCAGGAAGCAGCUGAGUAUCUGAGUGAUUACAUGCUUAAUGGUGCAACGGAAUUUGUGGCCACAAUUGAAGAAAAGGAUACUUCUGGGGGAAAAGUUAAAGGACAGGGAACUGGGAAUAUUCUUAUUGUCACUCUUGUUGCUGUUGGAUCGGAGCAUAGUUUAAAUGCGUUGAUGCUUCAGGAAGGACUUGCUAGACUAGAGAAAAGGAAGAAGUGGGAAUCCAAGGAAAGACAAAUUGCAUUUGGAAGUUUAGAAGGAUACCAAGAGGAAGCACGGACAGAUCGACGAGGAAUGUGGCAAUACGGAGACAUUCAGUCUGAUGAAGAGGACGCCGGUCCUGUGAGAAAACCCGGUGGCCGGCGUUGAACGAACACUUUUAUGCCCCCUUCGUCUUAAAUUAAGAGAUAGACAACUCAACUAGUCGAAGCUUAAUUAAUGCUACAGUGAUAAUCACGUUUUCAGUACGAGAACCCAAAGUGUUGCUGCGUAAAGACCAUGUGAAGUUUUGUCCUUUGCUAAUUUUUAUUUUUUAUUUUGUUUUUAUUUUUACAUCGGAUAAUGAGAAUUUUAAAAAAAUAAAAAUAGCAAAUCGAGACCUUACAAUAAGGCAAGAGACUUAUUUAUAUUUA